AUGAAAUCCAACCAGGAGCGGAGCAACGAAUGCCUGCCUCCCAAGAAGCGCGAGAUCCCCGCCACCAGCCGGCCCUCGGAGGAGAAGGCCCCCGCGCCGCCCAGCGACAACCACCGGGCGGAGGGCGCGGCAUGGCUCCCGNNNNUACCCGAAAAAAAAACAAGAGGCCGCAAGCGACCCAGACCGGCGGGGGCCUCGGCGAAGCUGGACAAGCCGCAGGACGUCGGUUUGCACAAAGCACUGUCCGCGAGGCCGGAAUACUCCCCGCCCAGCGCGCCCCGCUCGGUGCCGGCGGCGCCCGCCAUGCCCGCGGCCUACCCGCCCCCGCAGUCCGGGCCGCCGGUGUCCCCCGUGCAGUACGCGCACCUGCCGCACACCUUCCAGUUCGUCGGGGCCUCGCAGUACAGCGGGCCCUACGCCGGCUUCGUCCCGUCGCCGCUGCUCUCCCCCACGGCCAGCCCCGCCACCAGCGCGGGGGCCUCGGCCGCCGGCGCCGCGACGCCGUCCCAGCGCUCGCAGCUGGAGGCCUACUCCACGCUGCUGGCCAACAUGGGCGGCCUGGGCCAGGCCCCGGGCCCCAAGGCUGAGCCGCCGCCGCACCUGGGCCGCGCCCCGGGGCUGCUGCCCGCGGGCUCCCCGCCGCCCGCCGCGGCCAUCGUCACGUCGUCCCCCCAGUUCGCUGCAGUGCCUCACACGCUCGUCACCUCCGCCCUGCCCAAGAGCGAGAGCUUCGGCCCCGAGGCCCUGGGCACCCAGGCCGCCUACCCGGCCGUGGUGCAGGCCCAGCUCCACCUGCCCGUCGUGCAGUCCGUGGCGUCCCCGGCGGCGGCUCCCCCGACGCUGCCUCCCUACUUCAUGAAAGGCUCCAUCAUCCAGCUGGCCAACGGGGAGCUGAAGAAGGUGGAGGACCUGAAGACGGAGGACUUCAUCCAGAGCGCGGAGAUCAGCAACGACCUGAAGAUCGACUCCAGCACGGUGGAGCGCAUCGAAGACAGCCACAGCCCGGGUGUUGCCGUCAUACAGUUCGCCGUCGGGGAGCACCGCGCACAGGUCAGCGUUGAAGUUUUGGUAGAGUAUCCUUUUUUUGUGUUUGGACAGGGCUGGUCUUCCUGCUGUCCAGAGAGAACCAGCCAGCUCUUUGAUUUGCCGUGUUCCAAACUCUCAGUUGGGGAUGUCUGCAUCUCGCUUACCCUCAAGAACCUGAAGAACGGCUCUGUUAAAAAGGGCCAGCCCGUGGAUCCUGCCAGCGUCCUGCUGAAGCACUCAAAGACCGACGGCCUGGCGGGCAGUAGACACAGGUAUGCCGAGCAGGAAAACGGAAUCAAUCAGGGAAGUGCCCAGAUGCUCUCUGAGAAUGGUGAACUGAAGUUUCCAGAAAAAAUAGGAUUGCCUGCAGCACCCUUCCUCGCCAAAAUAGAACCCAGCAAGCCCUUGGCGACGAGGAAGAGGAGGUGGUCGGCGCCCGAGACCCGCAAACUGGAGAAGUCAGAAGACGAACCACCUUUGACUCUUCCUAAGCCUUCUCUAAUUCCUCAGGAGGUUAAGAUUUGCAUUGAAGGCCGGUCUAAUGUAGGCAAGUAGAGGCAGAGUGGGGGAAAGGAAACGUGGCUCUCCCUUUUCAUUUGUAUCCAGAUUACUGUACUGUAGGCUAAAUAACACAGUAUUUACAUGUUAUCCUCUUAUUUUAGGUUUCUGUUCUAACCUUGUCAUUCGAGUUACAGCAGGUGUGUCGCAGGAGACUGGUGCAUACGCUUUGCCCACGAGCAUCUGUCUAUGAGCAGGUGGGUGGAGGCCAGAGCAGGGGAGGUCCAGGCUCCAGGCCUCCUGGGGAAGACGAAUGUGGCUUCCCAGAGCCUGCCUUGUCUAGCAGCACAGAAGCAUCCAGUGGGCACUGACUCCUGCUAGUUUCCAGAGAAAGUUCUAUGGGAAGGGACCUGCAGGGGUGCGGGGGUGCGUGCAUGGGGGGGUGCACGGGCGCCACGGCAGGGAGUGAGGGUCUCUUUUUCUCUGCCUCCGUCUGUCUCACUCUCUUGCUCUCAGCAUGGGAUUGGGGGUCCAGAGCUGUGUCCUCCUGGGGUUCCCACGUGUAAAACCAACAUCAGGAAUCCAGCUUCAGGGCAUCGUAGAGAGGCAUCAGAGGGCAGAUAGCUUCGUUUAAAAGAACAUUUUUCUCUCCAACAUAUUUUACAAUAAAAGCAACUUUUAAUCGUAUAGAUAUAUAUUUCCCCCUAUGGGGCCUGACUGCACUGAUAUAUAUAUUUUUUAAGAGCAACUGCCACAUGUGGGAUUUCAUUUCUGCUUUAUUCAUAGUGCAGUGAUGUCGCCAGGGUGUCAUGGUGGACAGGGAGGCCUCCCUGCUCACAUGGCUCCACGCGGGGGGUGGCAGGGGUGCGGGAGAGAGUGAACACCCAUGCUGGUGUCUGUGCAGUGUUAGGAAAACCAAUCAGGUUAUUGCAUUGACUUCGCUCCCAAGAGGUAGAUGCAAACUGCCCUUCAGUGAGAGCAACAGAAGCUCUUCGCGUUGAGUUUGCAAAAUCUUUUUGUCUUUUAACUCUAGUACUGUUUAUAGUUCAUGACUAUGGACAACUCGGGUGCCACUUUUUUCAGAUUCCAGUGUGAUGUGAGGAGUUAGAUUUUGAAGAUGAGCAUAUAUUACUAUCUCUAAGCACUUAAAAUACUGUUCACACUUUAUUACCAAGCAUCUUGGUCUGUCAUUCAACAAGUACUGUAUCUCACCUUAAACUCUUUGGGAAGAAAAAAAAAACUAAGUUGCUUUCUUUUUUUCAACACUGUAACUACAUUUCAGCUCUGCAGAGUUGCUCAAGAGCAAGAUAUUGAAAGUUUCCAUGUGGCUUAAAGGGAUGAAUGUGAAUUAUGAACUAGUAUGUGACAAUAAAUGACCACCAAGUACUACCUGACAGGAGGCACUUUUCACUUUGAUGUCUGAGAAAGAGUUCAAGGCAUAUGCAGAGUUGGCAGAGAAACUGAGAGAAAAGGGAUGGAGAAAAGAAUACUCAUUUUUGUCCAGUGUUUUUCUUUUUAAGAUGAACUUUUAAAGAACCUUGCGAUUUGCACAUCUUGAGUUUAUAAUUUGUGUGAUAUUCCUGCAGUUUUUAUCCAAUAACAUUGUGGGAAAGGUUUGGGGGACUGAACGGCAUAAAUAAAUGUAGCAAAAUUACUUUCUAACCUGCCUAAACUCUAGGCCAUUUUAUAAGGUUAUGUUCCUUUCAGAAUUAAUUUUGGUCUUUUUACCACAUCUGUCACAAAAAGCCAGGUCUUAGCAGGACAACUCUGAGAAUUUUCUUCAGAUUCAUUGAGAGAGUUUUCCAUAAAGACAUUUAUAUGUGAGCAAGUUUUUUUAAUUACUUUAUUAUUGUUGUUAUUAAUGUUAUUUUCAGAAUGACUUUUCUUUUCUUUCUGAAAUCAAAUCAAAAUUUAAUGUUUGGUACAAACCCAGAAAGGGUAUUUCAUAGUUUAAACCUUUCAUUCCCAGAGAUCUGAAAUAUCAUUUGUGGGUUUUGAGUGCAUCUCAAAGUGCUUUAAAAAAAAAAAAAGUUUUAUAAGUAGGGAGAAAUUUUUAAAUAUUCUUACUUAGAUGACUGCAACUAACCUGAACACUUAUCUGAUUUUUCUUUUACCAGUGAAAAUAGUGCUUCUUCCAUUUCACAAAUUAAAAAACAAAAAAAUUCUGAGAUCAACCCA